AUGCUGCUGCCGCUGCUGCUGCCGCUGCUGUUACUGCUGCCGCCGGUGCCGCUGCUGCCGCCGGUGCCGCUGCUGCCGCCGGUGCCGCUGCUGCCGCCGGUGCCGCUGCUGCCGCGGGCGCCGCCGGUGCCGCCGGUGCCGCCGGUGCCGCCGCGGGCGGUGCUGUCGGGCGGGCAGCGGGCGGCGGAGCUGCGGCUGGGGCUGAGGGGCAGCCCGCUGAGGGAGGUCAGCCCCGCGUUCCUCUCGCUCACCCUGGACGCCAGCCUGGCCCGGGACCCGCGAUACGUGGCCCUGCUCAGCAAUGCCAAGCUGCGUGCCCUGGCAUCGGCCCUGGCCCCAGGCUUCCUCAGGUUUGGUGGCACUGAGACAGAUUUUCUCAUCUUUGAUCCCUACAAGGAUUCAACUUUGGAAGAAAAAACCCUCUGGGAACUGCAGGCCCAGCAAGAGGCUUGUGGCUCCCAGCCUGCCAUUGCUGCCCUCCAGAGGCUGCUGCUGGCCCAGUGGCCCCGCCAGGAGAGGCUGCUGCUGGCAGAGCAGCCGUGGAGGAGGCACAAGAACACCACUAUCACAGGGCACACUCUGGACAUCCUCCACAGCUUUGCCAACUGCUCAGGGCUUCAGCUCAUCUUUGGGCUCAACGCCCUGCUGCGCAGGGAUGGCCUCCAGUGGGACAGCUCCAACGCCCGCGCGCUGCUGGGCUACUGCUCCUCCCGCAGCUACAACAUCUCCUGGGAGCUUGGCAAUGAGCCCAACAGCUUCAGGAAGAAGUCUGGCACCUACAUUGAUGGGCACCAGCUGGGGCAGGACUUCCUCCACCUGCGCCAACUGCUCAGCAACUACAGCCUCUACAAGCAGGCAAAGCUCUACGGACCCGACGUGGGGCAGCCCCGAAAGCACACCCAGAGGCUGCUGAGGAGCUUCCUGAAGUCAGGGGGGAAGGCGCUGGACGCUGUCACCUGGCACCAUUACUACGUGAACGGACGAAGUGCCACCAGGAAGGACUUCCUGAGCCCCAAGGUGCUGGAUAGCUUUGCCACAGAUGUACACCAAGUCCUGCAGAUUGUUGAUGGCACCGUGCCUGGCAAGAAGGUCUGGCUGGGAGAGACGAGCUCUGCCUACGGAGGGGGAGCCCCCAAGCUGUCCAACACUUACAUUGCUGGCUUCAUGUGGCUGGACAAGCUGGGGCUGUCAGCCAGGCAGGGCAUUGAUGUGGUGAUGAGGCAGGUUUUCUUUGGAGCAGGCACCUAUCACCUGGUGGAUGCCAACUUCGAGCCCUUGCCGGACUAUUGGCUCUCCCUCCUCUACAAGAAGCUGGUGGGUACCAAGGUGCUGAAGGUCAGCCUGGUAGGAGCCGAUGAGAGGAAGCUCCGAGUCUACCUCCACUGCACAAACCCCCUCCACCCCAGAUACAGAGCAGGGGACGUGACGCUGUUUGCCUUGAACCUCUACAACGUGACCCAGCACCUGCGGCUGCCAGAGCACCUCCUGAGCAAGCAGCUGGACCAGUACCUCUUGCUGCCUCAUGGCAAAGAGAACAUUCUCUCCAGGUCGCUGGAGCUGAACGGCCGCCUGCUGCGCAUGCUGGAUGACCGAACCCUGCCGGAGCUCAUCGAGCAGCCCCUGGGGCCUGGCAGCCUCCUGGGCCUCCCAGCCUUCUCCUAUGGCUUCUACGUGGUCAGAAAUGCCAAGGCUCUUGCCUGCAUUUAAGUGCUGCAGAGGGGUGAACUUCCAAGGGCAAGUUAAAGCCUGGACAUUCCCCUCUCCUGCCCUCGGCUUGAGUCCUGGCGAGGGAUGCCACCCUGGCAGCAGUGGGGAGGCUGCCUGGUGGUCUUCUGGAUGUGGCAUCACAGGGUCAGAAGGUGGUUUGGGUUGGAGGGGACCUUAGCCAAGAGGCAGUCCCCAACCCUCAGGGCUUUUGCAUAAAACAAACGAAAAAGAACUCCCCCCACCUCAGACAGCAUCUCCUCAGCCCCCCCACAGGGUGCAGCUGGCAGCUGCCACCACUUCACUGCCCUCCCUGCCUCUCCCAGCUGCUGUGGCAUGGCCUCCAUUCCUCCUGGCACAGUUAGCUCAGGGAGGGAAGGGCCUGGUUUGGCUUCUGGGCCAGCCUGGGUCAUUGCACUGGAGCAGGGAGCUCUUCCCCACACCGCACACGGAGCUGCAGCAGCUUCUCAGGCUGUGCCAGGGGCUCUGCCAGGGGGACAGGCAGCCUGCCCUCUGGCCCUGGCUUCUGCCAAGCAUGGCCCUGCAGCAGCUCCUCCAGAAGCUUGCCUGCAGAGAGGCUCAGCAGCAGCUUAGGCUUGGCUCUGCAGCUCUUGCUUCUGCCUGCAGCCUGUGGGGAAGCCCCAGGAGGGGUUGUGGUCGCUUGAGGACAUCUCUGGGUAGAAAGUGGGGACAGGCAAAGCAAGCCAAGGGCAGGGAGCAUGCAGGGGAAAGCAGCUGCCCAGGGCCUCCCUCUGGGCGUUCUCCGGGCCAGGAGAGCAGAGUCAGCAGAUGGAGCUGUGGCAGCGUGAAGCUCCAAAAGGCUGUCCCUGCAGGCUGCUUCCUCUGCCUCUGCUCUCACUGCCUGCACCCCCAGGAGGAAAGGAGAGGAGAGGAGAGGAGAGGAGCUCACCAGCACCCCACCGAACCCUGUGCGAGCAGCGGGCUCGCAGCUCAUCAGCCUUCACCACUCGGCAGGUGGCUCAGCUGGAAAGCGCUGCCCUGAACCUCCCUGCAGCUGAAGCUUUGCACUUCCUGACCUGCUCAGACCUCUUUUGUUCUCCAGAGAGCAAGAGAAUUCAAGAGCCCAAGCACACCACCUGCCCCUCAGCCAUCAGAGAGGGACAUCAGUGACCUUAGAGCAUCCUGGGGGACCAACCUGACUGGCCAGGCUAACAUCUCUCCCUUUGGGGCAGGAGACUGUUUGGUGGUGGCUUUUCUGGCUGGCUGUGCCUUUCCCAUGCAUGGCCUGGGCCUCUGUCAGGGUGAGAACACCUCAAGAGAAGCUGCUGUAGGCUUUUCUUUGCAUACCCUGCAACCUUGCCAGCAGCUGCAGAUCUUCUGAGCACAGAAGGGAAGCCAACCACAACCUCUCAACCUGCUUCUUCUUUUUAAGCUUUACCAGGGUGCUGCCAGCCCCUUGGGGUUUGAGUGCAGGGCAAGGAGGAGGCUUUUUAAUGAGUGGGUUUCAAAACCAGAUGUGCCUGGGAAGCUGUUUGGAAGAACAACUGCACAAUAAAAAGGUUCUGUUCCA